AUGAUUCCAUCCAAAAACCCUGUUUUGGCGCUGGGCUUGGGGGCACUUUGGUUGACUUCCUUGGGGCCACGCGCCAUCGACUCCUUCGCUCUGUACUCCGUAUUCCUGUCAAACUCGCUCUCCCACCGUAUUCCGUUCCCAAUCCCAGACGGUAUCUCGGCACGACCACCAAGACUGCUCCAAAGAUCAGAUGAGAACCGUACGAGUAACUACCGCAAGUUUGAUUAUUUGAUGUAUUAUUGCUGUCCUGGGUUGAUUGGAGCCAACAAAACAUUGGCAUUGUCUCAACGCCCCUCGGAAGAGUUCAUGCCUCCAAAGAAUUGA